UCAAUCAACAGAGAAACCAAAAUGUACUUAUGAACGGGAUGACACAAUCAAACAAGAGACAGUUGUCAAGAGAGAACAAAGCUGAUGAAUUCGAACUUCCAUUGAUAGAGUUGGAAGCUGUUGUCAAAGCCACCGAAAAUUUCUCCAAUUGUAACGAACUUGGCCAAGGUGGUUUCGGUAUUGUUUACAAGGGUAUGCUUGACGGGCAAGAAGUUGCGGUAAAAAGGCUAUCAAAGACAUCACUUCAAGGGAUGGAUGAGUUUAUGAAUGAGGUGAGAUUGAUCGCAAGGCUUCAGCAUAUAAACCUUGUCCGAAUUCUUGGCUGUUGCAUUGAAGCGGAAGAGAAGAUUCUGAUAUAUGAGUAUUUGGAAAAUUCAAGCCUGGAUUAUUUUCUCUUCGGAAAAAAACGAAGCUCUAACUUAAAUUGGAAGGACAGAUUCGCCAUUACAAAUGGUGUUGCUCGAGGGCUUUUAUAUCUUCAUCAAGACUCACGGUUUAGGAUAAUCCACAGGGAUUUGAAACCAGGUAACAUUUUGCUUGAUAAAUAUAUGAUCCCAAAGAUCUCGGAUUUUGGGAUGGCCAGAAUCUUUGCAAGGGACGAAACUCAAGCUAGGACAGACAAUGCGGUCGGAACUUACGGGUACAUGUCUCCGGAGUACGCAAUGGAUGGGGUAAUCUCGGAAAAAACAGAUGUUUUCAGUUUUGGAGUCAUAGUUCUUGAAAUUGUUAGUGGAAAAAGGAAUAGAGGAUUCUACCAGGUGAACCCUGAAAACAAUCUUCUAAGCUAUGCAUGGAGUCAUUGGGCGGAGGGAAGAGCGCUAGAAAUCGUAGAUCCAGUCAUCGUAGAUCCAUUGGCAUCUCUGCCAUCAACAUUUCAACCAAAAGAAGUCCUAAAAUGCAUACAAAUUGGUCUAUUGUGUAUUCAAGAACGUGCGGAGCACAGACCAACGAUGUCGUCGGUGGUUUGGAUGCUUGGAAGUGAAGCAACAGAGAUUCCUCAGCCUAAACCGCCAGUUUAUUGUCUCAUAGCAAGUUAUUAUGCAAAUAAUCAUUCCUCAAGUAGGCAAUUCGACGACGAUGAAUCCUGGACGGUGAACAAGUACACCUGCUCAGUCAUCGAUGCCCGGUAAUAUGAAAGCCGUUCAGAAAGUUCAU